AUGGGUAGACGUGACGAAGAGGCCGAUGCCGGCCGUCGCUACGGGCGCCACAGAGCGUCCCCGAGCCCGACACGAGGAGAGAACAAUGAAGAAGCUAUUCGCAAUAAGCUUCGUGAGUCUGGAUGGAAGAAGCGUCGUACAGAGAGCGACAGCACGGUAGACGCUGACUCCUCCAAGGAUCAAGAAAAUACCAAAGAGCGAAUGGACAAAGGCUCCCCACGGUCCGACGAUGCUCGCCGUGCUUCCAGAUCGUCGCGUCGCUCGCGCUCUCCUCGUAGACGCGGCCGGGAACACCGCAGCUCGCGCAGGAAGUCGUCGGGUAGCAGACGCCGGUCGAUGUCCAGGUCCCGCUCGCCUGCUUCGCGCUCUCGCUCGCGGUCCACAGGUCGACGACGUCGCCGCCACUCGUCAUCCUCGAGAAAGCGCCACUCAUCACGCUCGCCAUCGCGCACGCGGGACUCAAAACGGUCGCGCAGGUCCACAAAGAGCAGUCGCCGGUCCAGGUCACCGUCCCCACAGUCGCCGUCGCGUUCGUCCAGACGCAGGCGUCACCGACGCAGCUACUCGCGCUCGCGUUCUCCGUCCCGUAGUCGUCGUGUACGCCGCGGCGGUUCCCGCGUGAACCCGACAAUUACGCAGUUGAUGGCUCAGUAUCCGACGAUGAGUCUGCAGGACAUCAUCGCCAAGAUGCAGGCUUCAAAUGUGACGAUGGCCGCCGCAGUGGCGCAGAAACCGGCACGUGAGCUGUACGUGGGCAAUUUGCCUCCAAAUGUGACUGGUCCGCAGCUCCAGGAGUUCCUGAGUACCAUCAUUCAGCAGGUCGGACUCACGACUCAGCCCGGCAACCCGAUCAUCAACACGUGGACCUCCACAGACGGCCACUUUGCCUUCUGCGAGAUGCGUUCUGUCGAGGAAUGCAACUUGGCGUUGCUGCUGAAUCAGCUGUCGCUUCUGGGCCAACCUCUGAAAUUUGGCCGACCGCGUAGCUUCAUGGGACCCCCUCAGCCCAUGCCUCAAGUCUCGGCACGUACGCAGACGGCUCUUACCAACCUGGGCUGCACUCCGAACCCGGCCUGGUUCGCUCAGCAUACUGUAUCAAGCACUGAGACGACUACUACGGAGACCACACUGGCGGAAGCUACGUUGUCUGCCAUUGCAGCGGCCCAACCUGCGGGUUCCGAGGCGGUUAGUUCGGGUAAUCGACUGAUCAUGUCGAACAUUCCUGUUGUGCUGGCGGAGGAGCAAGUGAAAGAGCUGGUGGAGCCGUUUGGAAAGCUCAAAAGCUUCACGCUGGUCAAGGACUCGGCUACAGGUGCAUCUCUGGGCAGUGCUUUGUUCGAGUACGAGGACAGCGACGUCGCUGCGCAAGCUGUGGAAGGAUUGAAUGGGCUAAGUAUCGGUGGAAUUCUGCUGUCGGUGCAACGCCAGCCUGCUAGCAGUGCCGCUGCUCUUCCAAGUGCGGCGGCUGCUAAUCCGGAGGACCAACCCAGUGCCGUUUUGAAAAUGGCGAAUAUGGUUUCAAUUGAUGAGCUAAGAGAUGACGAGGAAUAUGCUGAUCUUGCUGAAGAUGUAGAGGAAGAGUGCAAGCGCUUUGGGGGCGUCACUGGCAUGGAAAUUCCGCGUCCGAAGGAUGGAGAAGAGGUCCCUGGUCUAGGCUGCAUCUAUGUCCGUUUCGGAAAGGAAGAAGACGCGGUGUCGGCCUUGAAGGCCUUGAACGGACGCAAGUUUGGCGGGAACAUCGUCAAGGUGACCUAUUUUCCCGUGGACAAGUUCGAGAAGAACGAGCUCUUCUAAGCUACUGACGCUGACGGACUCAAGACGCCGACUACUACGCAAGGUCUAUUUUCUUUUCUUGUAUUUUUUUACAUGCGUUAAGAGGUUGCGAGUUGAGCUACUUGAAGUACGAACGUUGCGACGGACUGGCGAUUUGAAGGGGUCUGAGCAUGCUGGAAGGUUUGUACGGUGAACGUCCCCAGGACGUAAACACCCCCCGCUAACCGUACCCGUGCUGUCGCGAUGUGCACUGUAGACCGAAUCCAAUGAACUUGGCCUUCUAUGUUGUGAGCUU